CAAAAAUUGCAAACAGGGCGGAACACAUAUUACUCUGCAACUUCAAGCUCCAUAAACAAAGAAAUAAGAAAGUUGUUUUUGUGAUGGACGGUUUGUAAGAAAUUUGUUGAUUUAUUAUUGAGGUUAUAAUUUUUUUAAAUAAACAUGGAUGCAGAUUUUGAAGAAUUAUCAAAUGAUACAAAUCUUAUUGCAAGAGUCACACAGUUUCAUGAUGCAGCGAUGAAAAUCGAAGAUACAAUUAAAAUGGCUACAGAUCCAGAAAUAUAUGAAAAACUCUCUGAUGAAGAUAAAAUUCAGUAUGAUCUAUUGAUGUCUUAUUGUUUAAAUAGUACGUUUUGGAUGUACUUGCGUGCAGAAGGAGUGGACCCAGCAAAACAUCAAAUAAGAUCUGAAAAUGAACGAUUGAAAAAGUCUAUGGCACGUGCAAAACAGAUCAGUGAUAGAAAUAGUCUUAUGCCUAGAGUGAAUAAAGAUGUUGCAAAAAGAUUUGUAAGAAAUUCAUUAUGGGAAAUAAAUAAGAAAAAAUAACAUAAAAAUGACAUGAAUGCAUUUGAACUUGGAUCAUAAAUUAAAGUGGUUUAAAUUGUUUAAUGCAAAAUACUUAAAAUAUUAUGUAUGUUCUAUUAUGUACAUAUUUUUGUAUUUAAAGAAGGAAACAAUUUCAUGUAUUGUAUAAUGUACUAGGUUCUACACAAACUCUAUAUUAUACACUGGACAUGUCAUAAGUAUAUAUAAGACACUUUUUACAUUUGUUUACCAUUGUAACCUUGAUAAACUUUGCGAUCUCGUUCAAGUCAAAAAUACUUCGAAAUGAGAAUAACUGUAACAGUAAAGUACUCGAAAAAUAUAUUUUUCCUUUGAUACAAA